AUGAGUCCGUUCACUCUGACAGCCCGGAAUGUUCGUUCCCUUUUAGACGAUCCCAAGAGCAACCGACCGGAAAGGAGGACGGCGCUAGUCGCUCGGGAACUGGCGCGCAAUAAAGUGGACAUCGCGGCACUGAGAGAGACUGUUUUUACCGAACAAAGCCAACUGGAGGAUUUAGGUGCCGACUACACUUUCUGGAGUGGCCGCCCCAAGGCUGAGCGACGAGACGCGGGCGUCUCCUUUGCCCUCUGGAACGACAUUGUGGGACGACUGCCAUGUCUGCCGCAGGCCAUUGACGGUCGUUUGAUGAGCCUGCGCCUGCCUCUUCGGGGAUCAAACUUCAUCACCAUAGUCAGCACCUACGCCCCAAUAAUGAACGGCUCAGACGAGGCGAGGACAAAGUGCUACGAAGACCUGUGCGCCCUCUUGGUGACUGUGUCGAAAGCGGAUAGGUUGGUUACCCUUGGUGUCUACAAGGCACCUGGAGGGGAGUGCUGAGUCCUCAUGGAGUCACGGGCAGCAACGACAGUGGCCUCGUCCUCCUGCGAGCCUGUGCUGAACACUGCCGCCUGUUGACCUGAGUGCACUCCCGAUCGCGGCGCUGGUAGCUGCUGGACUAUGUUCUCGUUCGACGGCGAGAUCGGCAGGACGUGAUGGUGACAGGCGAUCCCGGAUGCCGACGGCCAGACGGACCACCUCCCUGUCAGCUCCGAGAUGAGGCUCCGUCUGCAACCCUGCUUGAGGCCAAAAGGUAAGUGACUCCCCCGGGUAAGCCGAAUGCUGCUUUGUUGUCUUUGCUUGCUCACCGUCUGCACUUAAGCGAUCAACUGACCUAGCGUCCGGAAGGCCUGCCAGCCGCAGACGAAAACGCCUCCAUGGAGACUCGAUGGUGCCAACUACGCGAUGUCGUUCAUUACACCGCCAUGGGUGUCCCUGACUGCGAACGUCGCCAACAACAAGACUGGAUUAGCGACAACGACGCAGUCCUCAACAACCUGCUCAUUGAGAAGAACGGGCUGCGGAAAGCCUACCUCGACCGUCCGACCGACGCGAACAAAUCGGCCUUCUACCAUUGA